AUCACCUCAAAAUGCCAUAAGAGAAAGCAACUCCUCUCUCUCUACAUUUCUCUCAGAGACAGAGAGUAUCUAAUCUCUCUCUUCUCUCUUUCCUUAUUAUUAUCAUGCGUUUCAUCAAAAUUCAGUAAUAUUUUUUGAUCUCUUUCUUUAUUUCUUUUAUCUUCUUAAACUUUUGAGAGGAAAGAAAAAAAUGUCAUCUGGAUUUCCCGGGGGCGGUGGUGGACCGGAGUUUUACGGCGGUGGUGGUGGUGGUAGAUCUAUUAUACAUGGAGGUCCUGGUACUGUAAUCAACGUUGGUAGUAAUAACAUUAAUAAUCAUCAACCGACGUAUAGGAACCAGAUUCCUGGUAUUUUUCUUGAUCAGAUCGGGAACAGAAUCGCCGCCGGUCAUGGAUUCGCCGGAAAACGUACAUUAGCUGAUUUUCAAGCGGCUCAGCAGCAACAUCAUCAACAGCAACAUCAACAUCAACAACAACAACCGUUUUAUAACCAAGCAGCUCUCAACGCGUUUCUUCUAAGGUCCGUGAAGCCAAGAAAUUAUCAGAAUCAUCUUCAGUCUCCGUCACCGGUGAUCGAUCUCACGUCGUUGAAUGAUAUGAGUUUCUCUCAGCGUUACGGCUUACCGGUUCUCAGGUCUCAGACGACGCAGCAGCAAUCGGAUUUAGGUUUGUUUGGUGGGAUCCGAAUGGGAUUCGGGUCGGGUAAUGAUAAUAACAAUAACAUGACGUUAACCGGUGUUCCGUGUAUUGAACCGGUUCAGCGAAACCGGGUUCAUGAAUCGGAGAACAACAACAACAACAUGUUGAAUAGUUUAAGAGAGCUUGAGAAACAGCUUUUAGAUGAUGACGACGAUGAGAGUGAUGCACAAGGAGGAGGUGGUGGUGAUGAUGACGUGUCAGUUAUCACUAAUUCAAAUUCCGAUUGGAUUCAAAAUCUCGUGACUCCGAAUCCGAACCCGAACCCGUACCCGGUUACGUCUUCUUCACCGAGCUCUUCUUCUUCGUCUUCUUCGCCUUCUACAGUUUCAACGACGACGACGACGGCAUCGGUAUGUUCGAGGCAAACGGUUAUGGAAAUCGCGACGGUGAUUGCGGAAGGGAAGACGGAGAUAGCGUCGGAGUUAUUAGCGCGUGUUUCGGAGACGCCGAGUUUGAGGAGGAACUCGGAGGAGAAGCUUGUGGAUUUCAUGGUGAAGGCGCUUCGUCAUCGGAUUAAUAAUAAUCCGGCUAAGGGAUUAGCUUCUCCGGCGACGGAAUUGUACGGGAAGGAGCAUUUACUCUCGACUCAGUUGCUUUACGAGCUCUCUCCUUGUUUCAAACUCGGUUUCAUGGCGGCGAAUCUCGCAAUUCUCGACUCCGCCGGAAACAACGACGAAGGGAUCAUGAACCUCCACGUCAUCGAUUUCGACAUCGGAGAAGGUGGACAAUACGUUAACCUACUACACGCGCUGUCCACGCGCCGAAACGGUAUCAAUCAGGGGCAGAGACAGAGUACGAAGACUCCGGUGGUUAAGAUCACCGUCGUAACGAACAGCGAGGGGUUUGUGGUCGGAGAUGGAGGGGAAGAGAAGUUGAAAGCCGUCGGAGAUCUGUUGAGUCAGCUCGGUGAUCGACUCGGUAUCUCCGUGAGUUUCAACGUGGUGGCGAGUUUAAGACUCGGUGAUCUUAGCCGCGAGUCGCUAGGAUGUGAACCAGAGGAGCCUUUGGCUGUGAACUUUGCUUUCAAGCUUUAUCGUGUUCCAGACGAAAGCGUAUGUACGGAGAACCCGAGAGACGAGCUUCUCCGUCGCGUGAAGGGACUUAACCCGCGCGUGGUGACUAUAGUGGAGCAAGAGAUGAAUUCUAACACGGCGUCGUUUUUAGGGAGAGUGAGCGAGUCGUGCGCGUGUUACGGUGCACUUCUUGAAUCGGUGGAGUCGACCGUUCCUAGUUCGAAUUUGGACCGUGGCAAAGUCGAGGAAGGGAUAGACAGAAAGCUAAUAAACGCGGUGACGUGCGAAGGAAUCGAUCGGAUAGAACGGUGUGAGGUGUUCGGGAAAUGGAGAAUGCGGAUGAGCAUGGCGGGGUUCGAGUUAAUGCAAUCGAGUGAGAAGAUAGCUGAGUCGAUGAAGAGCCGACUUAGUAACGGAAAACGAGUUCACUCGGGUUUUACCGUUAAAGAAGAUAACGGAGGUGUGUGCUUUGGUUGGAUGGGACGGACCAUCGCUGUCGCAUCCGCUUGGCGUUAACUUCACAUUCUCUGUUUUUUUCUUCUUCUUAUAAUUACCAUAUUAUUAUAAUUCUUGUUAUUAAUAUUCCAGGAUAUUUCUGAUAUUAUAAUCAUUGUGAUUUUCCAUUUUCGAAAAGUGUAUUAAUCUAUAUAUAAAAAAUGGAGGAUCGGAGAAGGAAAGAAAAACGGCAAGGUAGGAAUCUUAUGUAACAAAGAAAAAAGGACUUUUGUCAUAUUUUUACUAAUAAUAAAAGAAAGAGUGAUUGGGUUUUA